AUGAGUAGUACAGACAUUCGAUAUCCUAAUGAAACAAAUAUUAGUGGUUCAUCACCACCUGUUGUUACACCACAUUAUAAUUCUACUCUACCAAAUCCACCUAAUGAUCCAGCAUCUUCACGACCAACACGAUGUGCUACUGGUGUACGUUUUUUUACAACAAUUCAUGGAAUAUUAAAUAUUAUAAUUUUCGUUGCACUCAUCUGUGUAAUUAUAAGUGCUGGUGCAGCUGAUAAAGGAAGAACUGUCGAUACUUAUGGUAGUCUCUCAAAAGCAAAAGUUAGUGCUUUUCAUACACGUAAUGCAGAUCUUGCUUUUGCGGUAAUUGGUCUUAUCUUAAUUAUUAUUGAUACUGUUCUUCAUGCAGGUCGUUUUAUAUAUCGUUUGCCAACUAUAUUUGAUACAGCUUUUAUUUUUGCCAUGCUUGUACUUGCUUUUAUAUAUCUCAUUCUUGGAUGUUGUUCAGCAGCAUGGGAAAAAAAAGUACGAGAUGUAGGAAAAAUACAGUAUAUACCUCACAAAGGUGCUGCUGCAUCUGCUUCAUUCUUUUUAUUUGUGGCUAUGAUUGCUGUUAUAAUCAAUUUUCUCUUACGAUUGUUCAAUCGACCACCACAAACCUAUAAUCCUUCUGCUAUUAUAAAUAGAAAUGCUCAUGUUAUUCGUACGGAAACGGAUGGUGCAGCAAGAAUUUAA